GCUCUAUAAAGUUGUAUCGAUAAACGAAAACAACAUUUGUUUAUAUGACUAAUUUUAACUUACACUUAAACAUAUGUGAAUAUACACGCACACGAAGUUCCGAAUGGAUAUGAAUGUACUCAAUACGAAAACAAUGGGCAACAUUGUUGAUAAGAUAAGAUAACUCCCGUUCUCAAUGUCUUUGCUGCUCUAAUGCACAUAUAUCGCGGUGCGAAUGAUUCGAAUUUGUUCAGUAAACUACGCUAAGAAUUGUCAGUAAACAAUGGCAACUCACGCAGAGAAGGAAUUCUACCAUUUGAACGUCAGCGUAUCUAAAGCUUUAAAUGGCCUGGAAGCGCCACUUAAAACCAAACAUGCCCGCUCCAUUAUUAUUAUGAUCCACAAGGCCAAGGAGGCCAAAACAUUCUGGAUGAUCAUCUCCAGGCAACCUUUGAUGCAGAACAGAUUUACCGCUUGGAAGUUUUCGCAUCUCCUACACAAGGUCCUGCGAGAGGCCCAUGAAAGUUCUAUAAGGCACUCGCAGAGCCACAAGAAAAUGAUUCUGGAGGUGGGGAAAAUGUGGGGCCUCCUCCAAGACGAUAUCGGAUGCUGUAUACAGGCGUAUAGUAAGCUCCUGGCCACCAAAUUAGAUUUCCACAACAAAAAUAGAAUGUUUCCCGGAACACUGAACAUUUCUUUUACUGAACUCUUCAUUGCUGUCGACCGGGAUUUAAAUUACUGCUUUCAGUUGUGUGUGGAAAUUUUCGACUACUUGGAGGAUAUAAUUGCCCUGCAAUUGACAAUCUUUUCUUCUAUGGAAAAAUAUAGAAUGUCGUCGAUGACGCCACAAGGGCAAUGUCGACUAGCGCCAAUAGUUUGUCUUAUCCAGGAUUCAAAUUCUCUUUAUGAUUUAAGCGUUCGGCUUAUGUUUAAACUACACGAUGGCGUACCGUAUGAUGUUGUUUCCGGUCACAGAGAUCGGUUUCAUGGUUUGUUUCUAAAGUUGAAGAGUUUUUAUAACAACGUUCGACCGCUUCAGUAUUUCAAGGAUUUAAUAACAGUCCCGGAAUUGCCGGACUCAAGCCCAAACUUUAAAUCCCAAAACGAUUUUACGAGCUAUGUUCCACCAGUAGUCCAUGUUCCGCAGGAGCCCGAUCCGGUUGUUGAGGACCUAGUGGAUACUAACAAUCACGAAUCAGAAGCCUUUAGUCAGGCCCAACAGCAAUUAAGUAUGUUGGAGGGCAUAAUAAGUGAGAAAGAGGCUGGCAUUGAGGAACUGUCAUUCAAAUUGGUUGCCCUACAAAAAAAUUUCGAUGAACUGCAACAGAGUUAUAGACACGACGUUCAGGAGCUCCAACAAAACAAUACUGUCUUAUCAAAUGAUCUGGUACUGGCGAGAGAAAUGUGCGCCACCUUCCGUAUGCAAAACGACGAUCUUGAGAUGCAAAUUAACCAAAACCCAGUCCUUCUGCAAAAAGCUAUGGAGGAAGAAGAAAAGCAUAAAUUAUCCUCGGAAAAGUUCAAUAAGCUUAAAACCCUUUACACUAAAAUUCGUGAUGAGCACAUUCAAUUAUUAAGAGAGCAAAGUGAUUGUAAUAAAUCCUUAAAUAAAGAGAAACAAGUUAACUCACAGCUUUUGUUAGAAACAAAAGAACUUACCAACGAGAUUUCCAAAAUCAAAGGAAACGUUGAGGAAAAAGAGAAAGUUAAUUUAACUCUGCAAAAACAAAUAGAAGAGCACAAGGAGAAAUUAUCUCAGCUUGAAGCAUUAAAAACCGAAAUAAAGGAGAAAUUCGACGACGUUGUUCGACAAAAAGAAAUUCAAGAACUAGAUAUUACUUCAACCUCUGAAAACUUGCGGUUAAAUUGCUUACAAAUCGAUGACCUUAAUGUAACUCUCAAUGAAACUAAGGAAAAACUGUCAAACGCGGAAAGCCAAAUAAACGAAAAGUGCAGAGAAAUCGAAAAUAUACUGAAGACUUUUGAAGCAGAAAAAUCCGUGCUUUUAACUAAGAUUGAGCAACAAAAUGUAGAAAAUAAAAACAAUACUGAUGCUCAGAACGCCCAAUUGCAGCAAACGAUAAAUAACUUGGAGCAGAAGGAUAAAGAUUUUAAUGACACGAAGAAUAAGCUAUCCUCCGCCGAAAGCCAAAUUAGUAUAAAGACUGUAGAAAUUGAAAACAAUUUGAAAGCUUUCGAAGCGGAAAAGGCAUUGCUCUUAACUAAAAUCGAACAGUUAAAUGUGGAACAUAAAAACAACAGCGAUGCCCAAAACGCUCAAUUGCAGCAAACCAUCAAUAAUUUGCAGCAAAAUGAGUCAGCUCUACAGAAAUCGCAGGAAAUUGUAAAUCAACUAAGGCAGGACAAUAUUUCAGUAAGUCAACUUAACGAGGACUUGCAAAGCAAACUCACGAUUACCGAGGAUAAACUAUCCCAAGCAACGCAGCAAAUUGAUUCUGUAACAAGUUCAUACCAAACUUGUAAUUCAGAUUUAAGCGAACUCAGAAUAUUGGUAAUCAGAACCGUGAAGGAAAUCUGCAACUCAAAAUUAAGCGGAUCAGAACAACAACCUUUGGAUGCGGUGCCAAACAUAAUAAGUGAAAUGGAAACCCUUCUAAAUAAAUUUAGCAACUCUUCCACAACAAACUUUGUUGCUUCAAAAGAAGGCAUGCAAGAUGUUAUGUAUCUGGGUUAUGUAUUUAUAAAAUUAUACGAUCAGUGCGAUGUUAUUUACAAGACAACCACUGCAAUCGAAAUGGGUCAAGAAAUAUUCACGAAAACAUCUUUAAUAUGUUCAGAUGUCUGCCAAUUGUUCCAAUAUAUAUUAAAUAAUGAAACGAGAGACCACGAAAGGCAAACAAUCACAUCUAACAUCCAAUUAAAGCUAACAGAUGUGCGAAAACUAAUUGAGAAAAUAAAGGCCACCUUCGACCAGAAAAUAGAUUUGGACAAGCUUCUUGAAAUAGAGCUUCGCGAAAUGGAUGCAGCAAUUGAUGACGCGGCGUCUAAAAUCACAGAUUUACUUGCUAAGGCUCGAGAAAAGGACAACCAAACCAAUUUGGAGGUGAACGGAAAAAUUGUGGACGCGUGUACCACGUUAAUGGAAUGUGUCAAAGCUUUAAUCCAAAAGUCUCGUCUUCUACAACACGAGAUUGUUGCGUCCCAAAAAGGAAAUGCAACUGCCAACGACUUCUAUAGGCGAAAUAGCCAGUGGUCGGAUGGUUUAAUAUCCGCUUCGAAAAGUGUGGCAAAGGCAGCUAAUUAUCUGGUGGAAGCAGCAAACAAAGCGAUUGAAAGUGAGUCUGGUAAAAACUUUGAACUCAUAGUGGCGGCCCAAGAAAUAGCCGCUUGCACAACUCAAAUGGUUAUAGCGAGCAAAGUCAAGGCUGAACGGAAUAGUCAAAAGUUAUCGGACCUAACAAAGGCCUCGCGAAGCGUAACACAGGCAACUGGAACUCUUGUUGCCACCGUUAAGGAUUGCAAUUCUCAACUGGAACAGCAGAGUGAAUUAGAACUUUCGAAGCUAACGCCAUCACAAAUUAAGACGAUGGAAAUGGAAAUCCAUGUAAAAGUACUCGAAACCGAACAAGCUCUCCAAAUGCAGCGACUAAAACUCUCAUCGUUUCGGAAAGAGCAUUACAAAAAUGCCGAUUAUUAA